AUGGCUCAUUCUAAUGUGGGUGAACUAAAGAGUUUGGUAGGUAAAAUUUAUGACGACGUGGAAGACGACGUGAACGAUGACAUGGACGACAAUGUGAACGACUCCGUGGACGACAUGGACGACUCCGUGGACAGCGACGUGGAUGAUAACGUGAAUAAUGAUACGAAUACUUCUGCGCUUCCGAAUGGAGUGUAUAAUGAUAUGAAUCAGUUUAUGCUUUUAAAUGACGAAGAGGAUGAUGAUGAUAUGGCUUUACGUCCCGAGCAAUUAGAAAAGCUUGGUAGUUCUUCAUUACUGAUGUUAAUAGCAAAGUCAGAAAAAAUAAAAGAGUUUUUGCGUGACGAUAAAUUACGAGAAAUCAUUUAUCAUAUAAAUUUUACUUCAAGAAGUGACAAUGUUGAAGAUCUUUUAGACGCUACCAGAAAAAAUGAUGAGAUUUUUUUUAAUUUUACGGAAGAAAUUUUGUCUACA